AUGGGAGCCCUAGCCCACAUGUACCUCAAGGAAGGACGCAUGAUCAUACAUACAGACUCCAGGUCAGCCAUUGACUGUCGUCAACACAACACCAAAGUCAUUCUUCACAGAAUGAGACUAGGUUACCAUUGCACACGGUGCUCGCACGUGUUCCUGGAUGAACAAAAUAGCAAGCUUUCAAGAGACCUCCGUGAUGCAGUCAUUAUCACUUUGUACAAGAACAAAGGAGAAAAGUCGGACUGCUCAAACUACCGGGGGAUAACAUUGCUCUCUAUCGCGGGAAAAGUCUUCGCCCGAGUGCUUCUGAACAGAUUGCUACCCACCAUCGCUGAAGACCACUUCCCAGAAACCCAAUGUGGAUUCAGGACCAACAGGGGCACCACAGACAUGGUGUUCGUCCUCGGGCAGCUCCAAGAGAAAUGCCGGGAGCAGAACAAAGGGCUGUACGUGACUUUUGGAAGGGGCUAUGGAUGA